AUGGUACUUUUGGAGAUUAUCUUAUUUAUAUUCCAAGUGAAUACCGCGCAACUAGCCGUGAUCAACCGUGAAACAUAUCGGAACUCGAGAGAUUCAUCACGCCUCACAAAUAAUGUGGAGUCAUACUUGAAAAACCUGCGGCAUUCCAGGCGCUAUAAAGAAUGGGGACCGGUUAUCGCCGGUCAAUACUGUGCCACACGGCACGGUGGAUGCUGUCCAAACCGCGUUGACUCUUGCUUCGUGUCAAUUCUAGACACCUUUUGCUACUGUGAUGAGUUUUGCGACCGACAGGGAAGUGACUGUUGUCUCGACUUCUGGUCCUUCUGUAGGGGCAUGGGGCCCACCACAACGCCCAGUAACAUUAUUGACUGUUACCACAAGUGUCCAGACGGUGACAAAACCUGUAUCUAUACGCCCGGUGUGGGAUACCACUGCAGAUGUAGCGCAGGGUGGACUGGAACUAACUGUAACGUGAUAGACUGCACGUAUUCGAGUUACUGUUUGAACGGUGGUACAUGCAUUCCUAAUGCAGGAUUUACGUCCCAUUCGUGCAUGUGUGCAGGAGGAUGGAAAGGAGACAAUUGUGAAACCAUUGACUGCUCGUAUUCGAGUUACUGUUUGAACGGUGGUACAUGCAUUCCUAGUGCGGGAUUUACAUCCUAUUCGUGUAUGUGUGCAAACGGAUGGAUAGGAGACAAUUGCGAAAUCAUUGAUAUAGACGAGUGUGCUAGUGACCCAUGUGUGAAUGGGACCUGCUUGGACGGGGCGAACAGAUUUUCUUGUAAUUGCUUUCCUGGAUACACUGGUACUGUUUGUAACGAAGAAAUUGACGAAUGUGCUGCGCCCUCGCCUUGCAAAAACGGUGCAACGUGUCACGACCUCAUUGCCGACUUCCGGUGUGAGUGCGUGCCCGGAUACACGGACAAAUACUGCUCCACCGACAUCGACGAAUGCGCGAGUGAUCCUUGUCAAAAUAAUGGCACGUGUCAGGACCGCGUGAACUACUUCGAGUGUCUCUGCCCCGUCGGCUACUACGGCUGGUACUGUGAAACGGCGACAUGCCAACCGACCAUGGCAGAUGUUAUCUUCUUACUGGACUCCUCUAUCAGCCAGACUGCACGCGACUUCCGGAAACAGCUUGACUUCAUCAAUCGGUUUGUGGACCACGUGGUCGUCGACGAUAAGAACUUUAGGGUAGGCGUGGUUACAUUUUCGUCUAAGGCGCAACUUGAGAUUAGCCUCACUGACUACAACGACAGUGUCACACUGAAGGAGGCCGUCUAUAACAUCACGUACCGUCCAGGCGGAACGUUUACACAUCUUGGGUUGGAGACGGUCACCCAGCAUGUCAAGGAUAUAUCACCGAAGCGGUUGUUUGCGAACACAGCGAAGCGGUACGUGUUCCUACUGACCGACGGCAUGUCCACUCAUCGCAAGCGCACCCUCGAGGCCGCGACACAACUCAGGAAAUAUGUCACAAAGGUUUUGGCUAUAGGUAUCGGCUUGGAGGUUUCUCACAAAGAGUUGCUGGGCGUGGCCUCCCCGGGCGACGAACGGGCUCCCGAGUACGUGUUUUCCGUGCACAACUUUAAUGCCCUUUAUACAAUCAUACAGCAACUGGUCGCCCUCACAUGCGACGAGUGUUUAUGGAAUACAUCUAGUGAUGUAACAUUUCUUCUGGAUAUGAGGUCAGGAAUCAGUGACCUUCACUUCAGCCAAGCAGUAGAUGCACUUACUUACUUACUGUCAGACACCCUUAAUAAAAACUAUAACGUCACAGUCCGUCUAGCUUUGGUCUCGUUUGGCGAUGAGAGCGUACAAAUUCACCGCCAUCUGACAGACACGGCGACAACUGACAGCUUGAUCCAAUACAUACAGACGUUGACGGUGAGUCGAUCGUGCGAGGGAGGAAGUGCCGAAUUGUGUGGUUCUUCAAACAUCAACACACUAGAUUCAGCACUGCAUGACAUAGAACAGGGGAUAUUCAGUGAAAGUAAAAGUGAAACACGUCAGACUAUUAUCCUGUUCACGAAUGGUGAUCUCCGCAUCCCUACAGGGCCCAAUUCGACCCAUGCCCGACUAAAAGAGUCAGGCAGGCUGGUGUUGGUGGUGGGGGUUGGGGAAGAGUUUGAGGUCGGAUCGGUUCAAGGGCUGGUUAGCGAUCCCGCCUACGUGUUUGUGUCUAGGUCAGGGAGUUCAUUCAGAAAUUUGGACGUGAUUGCCACGGAGAUUUUACACACCUCGUGUGAACUUUCGAAUAACUUUUGAAAGACUAAUAAUGGUUACACAUAUAAUACUGACAUGAAUUGUUGUAUCAGCAGGUUGAUGGUCGGUCUGUAUGAUCGAUUAUAUUUAUACAUCUCAUGAACAGAAUGGUGAACGUAAAAAUACUUGACAUUUAUUGAAAAGAUAUAAGUAGAAUAACGGUUUAUUUAUCUGUUAUUCGACUGUGUGUUGUUUUAAUUGUCUAUUCGGAUUUUGAUUCAAGAAUGUUCUUGCAACAAGAAAACUAUUCUUAAUUGUGCCAUCGUUUAAAUACAGUAACACUUGUGAAGCAGUAACAUACAAGUUUCUAAAAGUAAAUAUCAUGAGAACUUUAUUGAUAACUAGAAAGCUUCAGCUAGUGUAGACCCUAUUCGUUUAACCUAUAUCUUCUUAAAUAUUUUUUAAAUUGAAUUAUUCUUGGUACCCGUAUAUAGGAUUGUACAAAGAAAUGUCAUUUAAUAAUUCAAUAAUGCCUAAACUGACAUGAAUAUGACAUAGACAUGACCAUUAACGUAUGAUACAGACAUGCAUUUCAAAAGAGAAUUGCUGACUCUGAUCACUU